GCUUUAUGCGCAUGCGCGCGGAAAUGAGCGUGACUUGUUCUUCAGAAUGCUACAACUGUGGAGUUGAGAGGAAAAUAAAUUAACAGUUUAUUCGAAAUCAUGCACUUUCCCCCAGUGCGUGUUGAACCAGUAAAUAAUGCUGUAGAAAUACUCAUCCACUAUGCUGAGUCGCCUUCAGGAGCUCAAAAAGGAAGAGGAGACUCUUCUGAAAGUUAAAGUCAUGCUGCAAGAUCAGCUCAACAGACUUAAGUUUGAGGAAGGGACUCUGAGGUCAAUGAUAAAUGCUCAGUCUGAAGAGAGCCCAAAUGAAGUCCCUGCCCCUGAGGUGGAAGUCAACCUAGAUGAUGAGACUGAGAUCAACCAGACCAAACUAGUAUUAGGUGCUCAAAUAGACUAUGACAUGGAAGAAGAAGAGGAGGAGGAAGAGGAUGAUGACGAGGAUGAUGAUGCAGAUGACAACCUCGAUAUGGUGCUAGAAGAUGAGGAAGACGAUGAUGACUACUGACUGUGCCUGCAAAGAAAGCGUUAUUAUUUACUCCUGUUUAGGUGUGUAGUCUCUGCACAUUUGGCAUGCUGAUAGAGACUACAACUGUCUCUCUGUCUUAGAUUGGUGUUGCUUUAGAUAAACUGUUGGUUCACCUAUCUAUAAAAUCCUCCAGAAGUAUGUGUAGCACAAAUACAACUCCUUCUAUUACUGUGCUGUUGGCCAACCCUGCACUUUAUGUAUUUUUUAAAUACAUAUAAAUGAAAGAUCGCACCAAUUCUAUUUCAUGGUGUUCACCAAGAGAUGCUGUACUAUAUAGGCUUUAUUUAAUAUUGUAUUGUAUUGCUUU